UGUAUUGUUUAUGUUGCCGAAAUAUUUUACAAAACAAAAAAUUAUUAUGGGUGAAAGUUUCGAAAUAUGACAUAUUACAAUAAUAAGUCGUGUACUGCAGUGAAUAUAUGAGAAUAUUUUCCAUUUAAUUUUUGCAUAAAUAGCUAGAAAAUAUACAUUGUUGAGUGACGUUUGACAGGUGCCAGCUCACCUCAGUUUCUUGUCAGUACGUGGUUAAGUAAUAAAAAAAUAUUCUACAGGAAAAUAAUGGCUUAUGAAGCUAAUGCUACUAGCAAUAUUGAAAUUUCCCCUGCAUUUAUUGAAAGCUUGCAAAGUGAUUUCAAAACAUUGUCAGGGGAAUCGAAGAAAAAGUACCCUCAAGUGAAAGAAGCAUGUGAAGAAGCUAUAAACAAAUUGAAAAGUACUCAAACUUCUCCGCAAACCUCUAUUUAUUGUAUAGUUAACCAAAUUAUUUACCCGCUUUCACAAGGUUGUGAAACUAAAGAUGUGAAACUUAUACGAUUUUGUUUGCAAAUUAUGCAGAAACUUAUAACACAUCAACUUAUAGACCAAAAAGGUGCGUUGUACAUAACUGAUACUCUGUGGGCAUUGAUGGAAUUAGGAAUUGAAGAAGUAAAAAUUUUACAAACAGUUACGUUGUUAUUAACUACAAAUACUAUUGUACAUGGUGAUACACUUGCUAGGACGCUAGUACUCUGUUUUCGUCUACAUUUUGCCAAAAAUUCAACAACAAUUAAUACAGCUGGUGCAACUGUGCGACAGUUGGUGUAUUUAGUAUUUGAAAGGGUGGUUGCAGAAGAUGAGUUACUAUCAAAAUUGGAAAGUCAGCCGCAACGUGGUCCAGUUAAUUUUGAAGAUUUAAAAAUACCAAGUGGCGCACCCCCAAAAGGUUUGCCACCAUGUGCGGGAGAUGCUUUUUUACUAUUUCAAGAUCUGGUUCAGCUUGUAAAUGCGGACCAGCCGUACUGGUUAAUAGGUAUGACAGAAAUGACUCGAACAUUUGGACUAGAACUUUUAGAGUCUGUUUUAACCCAAUUUUCUGUAGUAUUUUAUAAGAAUGCUGAAUUUAGUUUCUUAUUGAAAGAAAGAGUUUGUGCUUUAGUUAUUAAACUUUUCUCACCAAAUAUAAAAUAUAGAAGCAAUGUUCCCAGUAAUAUACAGCAAGCCACUCCAUUUGAAAAGCCAUAUUUCCCAAUAAGUAUGAGGUUGUUACGAGUUGUUUCAGUAUUAAUUCAGAAAUACCAUGGACUUUUGGUAACUGAAUGUGAGAUAUUCUUAUCAUUAAUAGUAAAAUUUUUGGAUCCCGAUAAACCUACAUGGCAACGUUCACUAGCUCUGGAAGUUUUACAUAAAAUGACCAUCCAGCCAGAACUGCUCAAUUCAUUUUGUGAAUGUUAUGAUCUGAAUAAACACACUACUAGUAUUUUUCAAGAUAUUGUGAACUCUUUAGGUGCUUAUGUCCAGUCUUUAUUCGUCAGUCCUCAAUUACAAAUGGGUGCUGCAAUUGUGCCAGCUACCCAAGGACAGCCUCCAGUAUUUCUUGGAGGUUUACCAGCAGGUCCAGGAGUAUCUCCACAACCAGGAUUUCUUUUAAGAGGCGUUUGGUUGCCUAUUGUUGCCACAUUUCCCACAGGACAGGCAAAAUCAACAUAUUUAGAAAUGUUAGAUAAAAUAGAACCCCCUGUCGUCCCAGAUGGAUAUGGUAUAUCUGUGGCAUACGCUUGUCUAAUGGAAAUAAUAAGAUCGUUACAAAUAACAAUAAGUCCACAGCAACCUCCAGAUAAUGAAGCACCAGUGCCACAAAAACAAAACAGCAAAGAGCUGAAUUGCCAGUUAAUAAAUUCAAGUUGGUGUGGUCUGUUGGCCGCAUUAAGUCCCUUAGUUGAUGCUAGUACUGAUGAAUCCAUUACAGAGAAUGUUCUGAAAGCCAUACAAACAUACACAUCACUUUGUGGCCAAUUAGAUUUACAUACACCUAGAGAUGCUUUCAUUACUGCUAUUUGUAAGUCAUCGCUGCCUCCACAUUAUGCUCUAACAGUGUUGAAUACUGUUACAUCUGGAGUUAAUUUAAGACAAGGUCACAGAGAUAGUCAAGAUAUGAGUUCACCAAUAGUGGUGCAAUAUGGAGAAUCGGAUUUUAGACAGCAAGUAGUGGCUGUAGGUACGCCUUUACCAACUUCAUCAGUCCCAGCAGGUACUCAACAAGGUCCUGUAAUGCUAACAUCCAAAAAUUUGCAAUCAAUGAGAGCUCUACUAAGCUUGGCACAUUGUCACGGAAGUAUUUUGGGCACUUCCUGGCAUCUUGUAUUGACAACAUUGCAGCACUUAGUCUGGAUUUUGGGUUUAAAACCAUCUACUGGUGGAAGCUUGAAAGCAGGUCGAUCGAGUACUGAUACAAAUGCUGUUAUCACUACAUCUGUUAUGGCAGAUUUACCCGUGCUUUCUACUAUGCUCAGUCGAUUAUUUGAAUCCAGUCAAUAUCUUGACGAUGUUGCAUUGCAUCACCUUAUAAAUGCCCUCUGUAAAUUGUCACAAGAAGCCAUGGAACUAGCAUAUUCCAAUCGAGAACCAUCUUUAUUCGCAGUUGCAAAACUGUUAGAGACGGGAUUAGUGAACAUGUCAAGGAUCGAAGUGUUGUGGCGUCCUCUAACAAAUCAUCUCUUAGAAGUAUGCCACCACCCACAUAUUCGGAUGAGAGAAUGGGGAGUCGAAGCUAUAACAUAUCUUGUUAAAUCUGCUCUACAUUACAAACAUGCUAUCCCUCUAAGAGAAAAUCAAAAGUUGCAGACUUUAUUACUUGGACCAUUAUACGAGUUGUCUUCUGUGCCACAUGGCGACGUGCGUCAAAGACAGUUAGAAUGCGUCCUACAAAUUCUUCAUACCAAUGGGGAAACCCUGUCCCAUGGGUGGCCUUUGGUACUGGGAAUUAUUGGUGCUGUCAGUGAUCAGCACGGGGAAAAUCUAAUUCGGAUUGCAUUCCAGUGUUUACAGUUGGUUAUAACGGAUUUCUUGCCUGUAAUGCCAUGGAGAUGUUUACCACUUUGUGUGGACACCGUCGCCAAAUUUGGGUCCCAAACUCAAGAACUGAACAUAUCUUUAACCGCAGUUGGAUUAAUGUGGAACAUUUCUGACUAUUUUCACCAAAAUCAAGGUAAACUGAGCCAAACUCUUACAGAAGAUAACACAGUUUUACCCGAUUUUCCUGGCACUUUAAAUAUGCCAAGUUUCGAUAAACUCUGGAUGUGCCUAUAUGCGAGAUUAGGCGAAUUAUGUGUAGAUAGUAGACCAGCUGUAAGAAAAUCUGCCGGACAAACACUGUUUUCAACAAUAUCUGCUCAUGGGGGACUCUUAAAACAGCCCACAUGGCAAGCGAUACUAUGGCAGGUACUCUUUCCUCUUUUAGAUAAAGUUCGAAGUCUUUCAAAUUCUGCAAGCAGCGAGAAGGUUGACGCUGGUGGUAAUAUUUUGAUUCAUCACACGAGAAAUACUGCACAAAAGCAAUGGGCUGAAACGCAGGUAUUAACCCUAUCUGGAGUGGCCAGAGUUUUCAAUACGAAAAGGCAGCUAUUACAAGCUUUGGGUGAUUUUCCGAGAGCUUGGUCGAUAUUAUUAGAAUUUAUUGAAAAUGCAGCUCUAAGCAAAAAUAAUGAAGUAUCAAUAGCGGCAUUAAAGUCAUUCCAAGAAAUUCUGUUUCUGAGUAAAAGCCAAAGUGUAGAUAAUAAAGUAGUUUUAGAAGACAAAGAAAUUUGGGCUAUUGCAUGGAAAAUUUGGGUGAAGAUUGGGACAGAAAUUACGGUUCCUCUUAUCGAACAUGAAGGCCAUGAUGAUUUUUAUCUACCAAGCCAAACUUUCUUGACAAAUUUAGUCCAAAUAUUUCCAAAUGUAUUUCAGCAUAUUAAAACUAAUUUCAAUUUAGAUGAUUUAAAACAACUUGGUACAGUGUUAUCAAAUGCAGUUAGUGUACCAGUUUAUGGAGAGACAACUCCCUACAUAAUAUCAACGUCAUCUGAUUUAAGUCUAACUCCAUUACAUGACGGUGUGCUACAUGCCAUGGAACUGCUACAAAAGGAAGCUAUGCAGAGAAAUAGUUCUAAGAUGAUUCCAGAAAUUUUCAAACUUCUUCUAACUUUCGCAAAAUUUACUUGCUCUCCUCCAACAUUCACCAAGCUAGAGAGUAAACAAAAUAAAAUGUCAGACUGGAUAACAAUGAAUUAUGUUCCUUUUGGAGAAAAAGCAGUGACGAUGGUUGUUAAAUUGUAUGAAAAAACUGCUGAAAACCCCGAAGUUAUAAACGCAAACAUUUUAAAAGAGAUUAUCGUAACUUUACAUACGCCAUUAGCUUUAAAAUACAAUUGCAUUUCUAAUAGUAUAUGGAAAUUAGCUGCUAACAGUCUAAUUACGAUUCUCAAAGUUGGUCUUAAAGUAGCCCGAUCACAUGGGAAUCAAUUUUCAUCUAUGUGGGAUGAAUUAUCCACUACUUUAAAUGAUUUUCUGUUUCCAAAUACUUGUGCAUCAGCAGAUAAAGGUUUAGAAGAAAUGAUAGCUGAUGAGACAACAGACUGUCAAAUAAUAGAACUGUUACGAACAGAAGUAUUACCUUUUUCGAAAAGCAUCCCUAAAGAAUUCAUCAUGCAAGUAGUUAUUUUAUUAAAUAAGGGAUCGAUACACUCUGCUACUAAUGUGAAAACGGAUGGUGAUAUUGAACUGACUUUACGUGAAGAAUUUGCCAAAACUUGUUUUGAGACUUUGUUACAAUUUUCUUUAAUCGAUGGUGGAAAUAAUGGAAUGGUUAUUAGUAGCGAUGAAAAAAAUAAUGGUCUUGCUGGGCAUCUCGCAGUUACUUCAUUGUUACAUCGAUUUCAAGAAGUUUUGAAGAAGUAUAUCGAAGACGAAAAACUUACUGGAAAAUGCCCUCUGCCAAGGUACCGCCUCUCUGAAAUAUCUUUUGUGCUUAAAGCAUUAACGACUCUUAUAAUAUCUAUGAAAAAAGCCACAGCUGUGAAAGAAGACAAUAAAGCCUGGGAGCAACUUAUAAGUUUGUAUCCAUACUUGGUGGAGUGCACAACAACAACAUCCACGCAAGUAUCUAGACCAUUAAGGGAGGCACUGUUACAGUUCUGUGAUUUAUUACAGCCACCACAAAAUAAGAAUAAUAAUGUGAUGAAAAUUUCAAAUAAUUCUGUAAUAUAAAUUUUUAUUUUUUUGUACCUGCCUGAAGUUAUCAUAUCUUUAAAUCCGAAACCCAUGUAUGUACCUAAUCUUAUUUGUAUUAUUUUUUAUUAAACUAGUUUCAGAUACGCAAUAAACACAUAUUUCCAGUUUGUUGAAAAGUAUACUGUUUUAUUUUAAAUAAUCGAUUAAGAGUGAACUGAGGAAUACUUUGGGGGAUUCAACAAAAUAUUAUAUAUAACAGUCAAAGCAUGAGAUUUAGAGUUUUACUAGAAUAGUUCAUUGUGGUAAAAUUGAGAAGAGUAAGUGCUUUGCCUAAAUCUGUUAUGUUGAACGAAUCACUUACUAUAGUAAACCUUGUUUAUGUAACAGUAUUAUAAAAAAAUACUUAUAACUUUUCAUUUGAGAUAGUGUAGUUUUCCUGCAAUGAACUCUGAUGUAAAUUGUUUUUAUACUUGUGAUUUUAUUAAAGAUGUUAUUCUCAUUUUAUUUAUAUAAAUAUUGUUAAUUAUUU